UAUAAACCCUCUACCCACAGCGCUCUGACUUCUCUUUCUUUCAUCGUCCGUGGGAUUCAGAGCUAUGGCUGCAAAAAUCGAACGCACUUUCAUUGCUAUUAAACCUGAUGGUGUCCAAAGAGGGCUCAUGGGCGAGAUCAUCAAGCGUUUUGAACAGAAGGGCUUCAGACUGGUGGCUAUGAAGUUUCUGCAGGCAUCAGAGGACAUGUUGAAACAGCAUUACAUUGACCUUAAAGACCGGCCUUUUUACCCAGGACUUGUCAAGUACAUGAACUCUGGACCAGUUCUUGCAAUGGUUUGGGAGGGUCUUAAUGUUGUUAAGACUGGAAGGGUGAUGCUUGGCGAGACCAAUCCUGCUGACUCCAAACCCGGCACAAUCAGGGGUGACUUCUGUAUUGAAGUGGGCAGGAACAUCAUUCACGGUAGCGAUUCUGUGGACAGUGCCAACAAAGAGAUAGAAUUGUGGUUCAAGCCUGAAGAGCUGGUGGCUUACAAGAGCUGUGCGCUAGACUGGAUCUAUGAAUGAACUCUUCAAACUCACUCAUCUAGGCAAAACUUGCUGUACCAGUUCUUUUGGAUUUGGUUUGUUGGUCUUGUCUGAACUUGUUUGAAUAAAUAAAAUGCCUAUUAUUUGUU